AUGGACAACAGGCACACGUUGACAGCUUCUUCGGAGCUAGAAAACUCUCUAGUUUUCCCUACAUCUAUAAACUCGUCUAUUCUCGCCCUCGAAGAAACAAAUAGAGCUGCAGCAUCACCGUAUAUAGCACCGAUGGCCAAAGUCCAGUUCCUCAUCGCGGUCGAAAGCACCGACGAUACUAUUUACCCAUCAUUCCCCAAUACCGAGUUCGGAUCUGGCGAUCCUUUCAAAAUCAAACUCGAAUCAAUCCGUUCCAAAUGUCGAAUCUCGGAAAAACUGUUCUUUACCACGAAUGGAAGAACUUGUCUAGAUAAUUCGACUACUUUGGGUUAUUACAUGUCCCUCCUUCCGGAGGGGCAAAAAAUUCUCAAGCUUUUUAAGAAUCCAGAAGAAAGUGAAGUUUCGGUGGUGAAUCUCAGGCCGACAGAAGGAGAAUCAAGACUGGAGCAUGUCUCUAUCGAGGGUGGCGCCGACAGUGGGGAUCCUAGAAACGGAGAAACGGAGAGCCCAGAAAAUAAAUCAGAGAUCGGCACCGAGAUACUCCAGGUGAAAGUUACAGAUGGGAAGCUCAAAGAAAGUCCACUUAUCUCAGGAGCAGACCAAACUGCCUUCAAAUCCUUCGUGGACAAAAUAGCAGCGUCAAGUCUUACCCCCGGAGUACUACCAAGUAUUAACGAAAAGUAUCGUCAGCUGUCUAGCUUGACUAGCAACUGGGCUACCAAUGCAUCGUCGAAGGAUUAUACGGAACCAGCUGACCUCACAGAGCAACAAUGGGACAGGGUUUUAUCUAACAAUCGUGCAUUGCAUGGUUAUUUCUAUAGCCCUGAGGAUUGGACUAUUGUCAAAGCCCCAAAAAGAGCUUUUAAGCUUAGGUCGAACGAAUCUUAUGAUCACAAACUGUCAAGCCCAGUAACUCAACCGGCUGACAAACCGGCUGACAAACCGGUUGACAAACCGGCCCUCAUAAUUCAUAAAUAUUCUCAACUUCAACCUGUCCAGGCUUCUGUCCCGCCCCGGAAUUCGAAGCUUGCGACAAAUGAGACAACUAAAGAUCCGGUACCCGCAUCCAAUGAAGAACAUAAAGGGACUGCUACAGAAAACCCUUUGCCGUCCAUUCCACCAUUUUACGUGUACGAUGAUGCGGAUAUCACGGUGACGGAGAUUUCUCACAAUUUCCAAAAGACAAUGCUCAAAGAAGGGUUCAGCAGUCAAGCCAUAGAAGGGAAUGUUACUUUUGGAAUACCGGUAUCUAUCAGCAGCUCAUUAGCAAAAGAGCAGGGUACUAUGAAUCAAGACCGCAAGGAAACAAACGUCAAAUCGCUGGCUGCUGUAUAUAGUUUCCCUCGAGUCCGUGUAGAACUUGAUUCCGAUGCCCUGGAGUUGACCGACGAAUGCAAAAGGGACGCAUAUCUUGUUACCAACGAAGAUGAUGUGGAAAAUUUCGACCGAAAAUAUGGCACCGUGUUUGCUACAAGCUUCACACUCGGUGGAUAUCUACACAGCAGUCAAGAUCUAUCAACCGAGGAGGUUGCAAACCUCGCCCAGACCAAGAAUAAAAUGAAAUUCGCCGCCGGGCUUAGUAUUCAAUCUUCUUACGGUGGAGGAGGUGGCAAUUACGGUAAAACUGAGUCGGACGGUAGUAAUGGUAGCAAUGUUACCCUAGACCAAGAUUCUCGCUUAGCCUGGAGCGCUAGGGGCGGCGACACAAUCCUUUGUUCAAACCCGUCAGCAUGGGCGGCUACAGUAAAGGAUUACCGCCUAUGGAGAGUGAUGGACCAACAACGGUUUGUUGGUGUUAGAUAUCUGAUUCGGGAUCUCGACACUCAAGCCUACACACACCUUGCGAACCCCAAGUCGAUCAGUAUAGUCGGUCACCAAGACAUGCUGAAAGAUGACGUGUAUUUCAGAAUAUUGAUCGCCGGCCUCGUUCGCGCGAUGGACAAGCCUGAUCAUAAUGUGCUUGCGCAAAAGGUCGAGAAGUUUUACAGGCAGAGUUUCGAGAACCUCAAUGAAUAUAACAAAUUUUGCGAGGAGGCAAAUGACCCUAGGGCGGGGAUCCCAUCCGGUAGUGAUUGGAUAAACAUAAGUAAAGGCAAGAGGGCUAUGUUUGGGAUGUUCAUGUAUUAUACAAACAAGCUGGAAAAACCUACUCUCCGCGAAUGA